UGGAAGCUACGGGGCGGGCCCGGACGGAGCCUUGACAACCCGGAGGAAGACCCGAAGGCUUACGGCUGUGCUGCCACACCCCUGUCCCCUGCCCACCUGGAGGACCCCAGGAGGUUGAAAGCUAAGCAUGGGGAAGAGCUGCAAGGUGGUCGUGUGUGGCCAGGCAUCUGUGGGCAAAACUUCCAUCCUGGAGCAGCUUCUGUAUGGAAACCAUGUUGUAGGUUCUGAGAUGAUUGAGACGCAGGAGGACAUCUACGUAGGUUCCAUCGAGACUGACCGGGGGGUGCGGGAGCAGGUGCGUUUCUACGACACCCGGGGACUCCGAGAUGGGGCCGAGUUGCCCCGGCACUGCUUCUCCUGCACUGACGGCUAUGUCCUGGUCUACAGCACGGACAGCCGAGAGUCCUUUCAGCGCGUGGAGCUGCUCAAGAAGGAGAUCGACAAAUCCAAGGACAAGAAGGAGGUCACCAUCGUGGUCCUUGGCAACAAGUGUGACCUGCAGGAGCAGCGGCGUGUAGACCCAGACGUGGCUCAGCACUGGGCCAAGUCAGAGAAGGUGAAGCUGUGGGAAGUGUCGGUGGCUGACCGCCGCUCUCUGCUGGAGCCCUUCGUCUACCUGGCCAGCAAGAUGACCCAGCCCCAGAGCAAGUCGGCCUUCCCCCUCAGCCGCAAGAACAAGGGCAGCGGCUCCUUGGAUGGCUGAAGAGCUGCCAUCCCUUCUUCACCUUCCCAGCCCUGGCAGAGGGGUUGAGGGGAAAGGGGGGGUUAGGCAAGCCGUCCUUCCCAGGAGGGUGCGGGAGCGCCCCACUAGGCUAGGCAGCUGGGCUGUCUCCGGCUCAGGUAGCUUUUGCUCCCUCCCAGCUCUGGGAAGUACAGAGUCUAGGUUAGCGCCCCCCACCCUCCCUCCCCCACAGCUCUCAUUAUAUCUGCCCUGCUGUGACUGGGACGGUUGUGGGUCACUGUCCCCUCUACCCGCCCUGGACAGGAAGCAGAGCUACUCUGUAGAAGUGCCCAGUCUGGGGUCUGGUUCCUGUCACAGGGGUCCUGCACCUCUGGGGUUCCUGCCAAUCACACACGGCACACACAUGCUUGUGGCACAAGCCUGGACUCUGGAGAAGGGCUGUCCAGGUAUCGUGUGUGUGUGUGUGUGUGUGUGUGUGUGUGUGUGUGUGUAGAUGUGCACACACGUGCGUGCUGGUGUCUGGGUGCCUCCUCAUCUAACACCCUGGCCUCUCUCCGUCCUUCCAUGGCUAGGAGAAGCUAGCGUCCCGGGAAGUGUACUUUUUGGUUUGAACUCUUCCUGCAGCUGUUUUGCUUCCUCUUCCUGCUCAGGGAGUACUUCACUGGUUAAGGUGGAAGGCAACGCUGACAGGGCUGGGAGUCACCAGCUGGCUUUGUGACCCUGCGAGGCCUUUCCCCUCUCGGGGCUUCAGUUUUCUCAUCUGCAGGGUGACGGCAGUUGCUUAGCUGAUCUCCGUCCCCUCCAGGCCUGUGGUUGUAUGAUGCUCGCGGUCAGGCCGGCUGCAACUGUACCUGCAGCUUCUCCCUCUUCAAGGUGCUAUGCUUACCGCCCAGAGGCUGGGACACUGCUCUCCCCCAACCACCAGGGGGCAGGAGUGCACUCCCCGCGCUCCUUACCAGAGUUAGAGGCACCUAGUGCCCAAUCACGGACCUCACAGCCCUGGGACUGGUCUUCACCCCUUGCUGUGGUGGUUUUCAGCAGAUAGUGGACUUCCUUUUUUUUUUUUUUUCCUCCCCUUUUCAGGGCUGCACCUGCAGCAUAUGGAGGUUCCCAGGCUAGGGGUCUCAUCAGAGCUACAGCUGCCGGCCUACACCACAGCCACAGCAACUCUGGAUCGGAGCUGCACCUGCGACCUCCACCACGGCUCACGGCAACACCGGAUCCUUAACCCACGGAGUGAAGCCAGGGAUCAAACCCGCAUCUUCACAGAUACUUAGUUGGGUUCUUAACCCACUGAGCCAGGACAGGAGCUCCUGAUAGUGGACUUCUGUUUAUAUAUCACCUGUGUUUAUAUGCCUGCUGCCAUGGUGAAGGCUGGACAAGGUGCUCCUCUAGCUCGCCCUUCUUACCUCAGAUGCCUGAACAGCACAAGGCAAACCCGGAGCAGCUUCUCAGGAGCUGACAGAUCUGUUGGGGCUCAGAAGGGCGGUUACACUUUGAACCUGCUAUAAAGUGAGCUUGUAACCCGCAAUGUCCUGUGCCCACUUCAUGCUUCUCAUGUGCACACCUAGUGCAGGUGAGCCACGAGAGCCAGGGAACUCCCAAUACGUGCCCCUUCUCCCCAAGACGGGAGAGGUGAGCUGGGCAGGCGGCCCAGGCUGGGCAAGUUGAGUUAGGGCAUAGACAGGCUUGGGCUGAGAUUCAUUUAUUGACGUGUUGGACACAAUAAAACCACAACUGUUAUCAAAAA